UGUGUGAGGGGCAUAAUUUCCCCUGUGGGUCUACCAUUCAUGCUCCACUAACUAAGCCCUUCGUGAUUAUGAGCAAGAAACUAUUGCGCCUCUGAUAAGAGAGGUGGGUGAAGCUCAAGGUGGUGACAACUUCCCUAGCCCAAAGCGCUGUAUAAUGGAGGCCCGAAACAGCGUAGAUACUACCUCUUCUAAAGAGAAACAUGGCGUAUUUUCCUAUAGCAUAAACGGCAUAUUAGGCCUUAAAAGCGGUUCUGACUCGAUGAAAGAUCAAGACGGUGAGAACGCGGGGGAAGUGAUAAAGAAAGAAGGUAAUAAUGAAAACGUUUUUCGUCGCCGGCAUCGUGUUAGCAGAGUUACAUCACGCGCUCGCCAAAUGUGUCCGAGUUGCUCUUUUCACAUCACGAAAUUUGAGGAAUUGAAUCAAUAUAUUUAACGCGGAUGGUAAUUUGAACUGUAAACUUAACUCGUCGUUGUAGAGAUUCAUCUGCGUCUUCUGCUUUUUACUUUUUAAAGUUGGCUGUCAACAUAGCGAUCUCUUAGCAAAAGCUUGAAAUCCACUAAUAUAUGGUAUGAUCACCAACCUAUCUAACUGAAAAUAACUACCUUUUCGGAAUAGUUCGAUCUACGUUUUGUUCUUUGAUCUUCGACUUUUGAUUUGGCUUAAACUAUGGCGGUAAUUUAACCGUGAGAACGCUGAUGCAGCGCAAAGAAAUGGCCGCCCAACGGAAAAACUUCUACAUCACUGAUCAAAAAUCAUGCGCAUUUUCAACAGAGUACCUUCCUAAAUUCGCCAGCUUGUUGACUGUCACAUACCAUAUUAUUGAGUCGUCGAAUUUUUGACAAGAAAUUAAAUAGAGUUUUGGCAGUUUUUAGAUGAAUCAUGAGUUUUGCAAAAGCAGCAAUAACAUUCUGCCUACUUUGCUUAAAAUCAGCCAUUAGUAAAUGUUUAUGAUGAGUGUUUCGCUAGCGACAAGUGUAAAGCGCUUUUAAUCGAGUUUGCAGUUAUUUUAUUAUGCAGUGAUGCGAUUAUUUUAACAACCUCUUGCAAAUGAAUCGCUGAGGAACGUAGUGUUAUGACUUCGUCUUUUUUCAGGGUAGUUCAUAUUCUCGGCGAAUUUUUUUUGGCUUAAUUUUUAUAAACACUCCACGAUGUGAGAAUUCGCACAACGAUUUACGUAAAUUAACAUUUAAGGUAUUUCUAUCUUGCCUUCGUUACUCAACUUUGUCUCGUCUGAGCGCAAUGUGCAAUUUCAAAAUAUACAAACCUCAGGGAAAUGAAAAAUUUAAUGUCUCAAAGCUCGCGAUAUGCAGAGAAAUAAUUUUGAAGAAAAAAUCUAAGAGACACGAAAUUCGAUCCAAACAAAGGAGGUUUUAGAAAAGUGUUGUAUUUCGUAAACUGACUAUAUUUGUUGCUCUAAACUCUAUUAGCGGUGAACACCAUUUCAUAGCAGCUGGUUCCAUCUUGACCCUAAUAACUGCUAAUAUUCAAUUCAAUUUACAUCAAUUUGUAUGAAAGAAUAGCUCAUCGCUUUUCCAUGCUAUACAAAACGCAAUCCAUUUGAAUAAAAUCUCGCUAGGAUUAUUUUUCAUGCACGCCCCUUCGCGAUUUACGCCAAUUCUGGCGACCUGAACUCUAAUGAUUUGGUUUUCUGGCUUGCUGCGUUUUGGCGUUUUGAAUAAACAAAGCAAAUGUUUAAUAAAUUGCUCCUUUUUAAUUGUUUUCCUUCGUCUGAAACAAAGGGGCGACACAAAUGAAAUCGCCUCGACAAUGUGGCAAAGAAUGGAUGCGGAGUAUUCUAAAUUAAGGUAGAUAUCUAUUAACGCCAAACCGUGGACUUUCAUUGGAUGAAGAGCCAAUAUUAAGAAAAGCCCUUGAAAGUUUUAAAUUUUUGUCCAUCACUGUAAGAGACAUAAGAGACAAUCUGCCCGCAAAACUCAUAAAAACUAUUCUGCCCAUCUGUUAUAGUCAGUUUAGACAGACAACGAUCGAGAAAAGUGUUUUUUAAAAACGACCGGGUUGAGUUCACCAUUGGCAAAGACAUGGAUGUAAAAUCUGGUUAGCUUAACUUUUACUCGCAUUUAUUAAGAUUGUUAACUAGGCAACUUGUUAAUAGUUGUUUUACUUUAGAAUGAGUCUGAUAUCACCGCGUAGAGUGGUAGUUUAACUUCACUGUAGGGUUUUUAGGAAGUUGGCACCUUACAAAGAAAAUUAACGGCCUAGCUUUGUAGUCUUUAACAACUCCAAGAAAACAACCACAAUUUGCGGUGUUAUGAGUUCAAUAAAACAUUUUCCGCUUCAUAAUAGGGGGAGAGAAAAUGCAACAUUGAAAGUAAGUGAACGAAAACAUUUAAAAAAGCAUCUGUUAAUCUACUCUCCGAAAUCGCGCGAGAAUUUAUUUGUUCAAUUUACAAGUAGAAGGUUUUGUUUUAGAGAUGAAGUCCCUUACCGCAUGGAAUAACAUUUUGUGAUUUUCCUUGUAAUAGCAGAAAGCAACGCUAUCGAGACUGUCUCCGCAGAACAAGUUCCGGUAGAGGGAGAUGAAGAAACUGAAGAGGUGAACUCGUCGUCCGAGGACGCUUCAGCUUCAGCGAAGAAAAAGAAGACUCGCUACCGCACAACUUUUAGUCAGUAUCAGCUAGAAGAGCUUGAACGAGCAUUCGACAAAGCCCCUUAUCCGGAUGUAUUUGCACGGGAAGAAUUAGCCUCUAAACUUGGCUUGACAGAAGCAAGAAUUCAGGUAAAUAUAAAUGCCACGUUUGAACUGGUUUCAAAUAUUUGUUUCCAGUAAUUAAAUUCGCUAUCCGUUCCUCUUGCUCGAAUUUGACGACUCUGUUCCGAAAAACAAGCGACAAAUAUAUCGGUCAUAGGUAUUCUUUAAAAUUCGAAUUUUACACUCCUUCAAAUAGGUACUAAGCAUAGCUGUUUCAACCGAAAACAAAAGAUGUAUCUAGCAAAUUUUUUGACGAUUCUGACAGGGUUUUUAGCGUUAAUCUAUCAAAUCUAUGAAAGUUGAUGGUGGUUAGGUGUCUCAGUAAAAAAAAUUGGAUCGUUUGAAAUUUCAGUUGACAUUAUCAAUUUAAAGCCUUCGCUGUCUUGGCUGAGUGCAACUGCCUAUCGACACAUUUUAACCAAUGAAAAAUGCUUUAUUCUUUGGAUAGGAAAUGUUCUAUUAUCAAAGUCACCGUUUCAUUGCCUAUCGAAGACUUUUGCUGUCGUAUAUCAUUAACUAGUGCUUGUUAUUGCAUUAAAUUUGUUCUCAUAAAACAACUAACAUUGAUAAUUCCAAGAACACAUAUUCCUAAAAAUAAAGAUGCAACGGUUGGUGGUUCAUCUCUGAAAACGCCAAGUUUGAACGACGUUAACUGAUCAGUUCAUUUAACACAAAUGAUAUCCACGUAGAUAACAAAGUUUACAUUUCAUUUUUUGGGGGCGGUAGAUUUUGCGGAUGUCGGAAAUGCGAGACUCAAACGAGCCGAGACGUCUCGCCCAUUUAUUUCCAAAUGGAUAUCACUAUCGAUGUACACGAUUCCCAAAAUAUUGUUCUGAUAUUUCAAAUUGAUAUGCACUUAUAAAACAGAUCCUGGGACAUCAGAGAGUGAAGGAAAACCUAGAAUGUAAGUAAAUUUUAUUCUUCAACUUGUGUCUUCAGGUCUGGUUCCAGAACAGAAGAGCAAAAUGGCGAAAACGUGAAAAGCUAUGUGCUUUUGGAGCAGUUCCCCCCGGACACGGCAUGGUUUACCCCUGGUUACACCAGGAGCCAUUCUCUCCCAACACAUCGUACCCUGUGACCUUCCCCACGGGUCUUGGACACGGCAAUACCCCACGCGACAUAUGCUCGUCCUUUUACCAAGCCACAACGCAUCCCAUGCAGUGUUUCCGUUCGCAAGUUCCGACUGUUAUGCGCCCCGGUUGUCCCGAUCCUCGCGAGUGCCCUUGCUCCUGCAGCGUGCUGUCUCCUACGGGAAGCCCGUGCUUUAUAACACCCCCCUACCGACUUGAGGAGUCCGGGCGAGGAUUUGAUGUCUUACCCGAACAUUCUGGUGGAAUGACGAGGGAAACUAACCGAGUUUCGAGUAUUGCUUCUCUUCGCCUUCGAGCCAAAGAACAUCAGAUGAAUAUUGUGCAGAUUCUCAGUAGAAAAUAAAAUGGGACUGAACCCAAUUUCAAAAUCAUUUCUAAGUAGUUUUAAACAAAAUUCAGAAGUAUAUACAUAAAAGGUACAUGUGGCAGUGGCAAAGUGAAUGUACGGUUUUAAGCAAAACUUAAGACUAUUAAUGGCUAUAACUUCAACACAUUUGGUUGUCUACCAGACUUAAAUGUAGUAAUAUUUCCGUACUUUUAAUUUGAGGAACAUUGCCUGCCAAUGGAUUCUCUAAACUGCAUCUUGAGUUUUUAAAAACAACGUUAAAACAAAUUUACAGCCGAUGUAACUGUAAAUAAAUAAUUAUACAAUUGAACAGUUUAUUUCAUGCAGCUAUUCGUCUUCUUGAAGUGACACAAGUGCAGUCUAAUCGUCUAGUGACAGAUCUAGAAUUGCAGAAUAAAUUCUAGCACGCUGGUUCUUUAUUGUGAAGAGAGCUGCGCCUUGAAAAUGGAAUUUAGAGUUCAAACUACUUUAAAACAAGUCAAGAAAGCUGUUGCGUAGGCUGAGUCAUUGACAAAUAUUUAC